AUGAAGGUAAAUAGUUCGAAUCUAAUAAUUGCAGAUGGUUUCGAACCUAUGGCGAAACUGACAAUUUCACUGCAAUCGUCACAGUUAACCAUGGGAGAUUGUUAUCUGGCUUGGCUCAGGUGCAAGCUUCUCCUGGGGAAAAAGGGCCAUCCGUUAUCAGAACAGUUGCUGGCAAAUAUGGAAUCGCGGGAAUUAGCCUUGACCAACAAUAACGCAUUUCUAGCUGCACUGUUUUUUGACCAACGCAUCAACUAUCGCAACAGUCCGCUCUUCACUGAAAAUCAACGACAGGCUGCAUUGGAUUACUUGAAAAACAUCUGGAGGAGCAUUCAGCGUGCAUCACAGCACGGACCAUCAAACGUGUCAACCGAUGAUCCGCUCGAGGGCCACAGUGCUGAUUACGAGGGCAUUUUGGAGGAAUACUUUCGCUCCCAUGAUGCGUCACAGGACACCAGCAUCUCUACAAGUUUGUUCGACCAGUUGGAAGACUUGAGCCGUUCCCCUCGUCUGAAAUUAGAACAAGGACAGUCGAUUUUGGACUAUUGGUACGGACAAAAGCAAGCGAAGCCUGAUUUGUACUCCUUGGCAAUGGUAGCGCUUGCAGCACCAGCCACACAGGUGUCAAAUGAACGAGCUUUCAGUACCUUAGCAUUCAUCCUAACAAAGUUAAGAACUCGUCUAGGUGAAUCGACUUUGGCAAAUAUUCUGUUUAUCAGAUUGAACGCUGAACUAUUCCAUCAAAUCACGGUUUGAGUUUUUUGUCAUGAUGCUACAGAUGUUACUGGAUGAUAUCGGAAGGCGCGUCAUACUUAUAUAUUCUUGUUAUGCUAUUUUGUUUAAUAAGUUUAUUCAUUGAUGAUGAAAAUGAAAUAAAAAUGAAUUACCUACUGCCAAAUAGUUGAUGUUUUAUGAUUAUACUUAUAAGUUGAAGCUAAAAACCGAUAACUUAUUAGCAUUUCUACAGUUUUUUAUUGUAUUCGUACUAACUGCUCAAUGAACCCAGUCUGACAAAUAAUGCAACAUUUAUCCAGA